UCCCUUCCUUCAUCCCUCUUUCUUUCCCUCCUCGCUCCACAUUGACAGCAGCUCAUCACCACAGCUCAGCGGUGCUGAAGCACAUUCAAACACACACGCAGACUCUGAGUGGCAUCUUCAGCGCACACCGGGACGCCCUUGGACUGCUGCAGGCGAGGAUGAGGGUGUGGUCAUGGGAGCAGUUUGGGGAGACAGGUGUGGUCCUCCUUGGCUUCCUGACGCUGGCGAUGUCUGUGGGAAACCUGUCCACCAGAGGCCUGCAGGAGGAGGGCGCGGCGUCCAACAGCCUGGAAGAUCAGCAGGAGGCGACCACCUACUGGUGGGGCGAGUGGGCCAAGUGGACGGCCUGCACUCGGACCUGCGGUGGGGGUGUGAUGUCCCAGGAGCGCCACUGCCUCAAACAGAGAAAGAAAGUCACCGCUGGGAAGGACAACAUGACCUGCACAGGAACAGCCAAGAAAUAUCAUCUGUGCAACACCAUAGAAUGUCCUGCAUCUGGGAGGAGCUUCAGAGAGGAGCAGUGCUGGUCUUUUAACUCACAGCGUUACAGUGGGAGGAACUACCAGUGGAAGCCUCUCUAUCCCGACGAUUAUGUUCACAUCUCCAGCAACCCCUGCGACCUCCACUGCACCACGACCGACGGCCAGAGGCAGCUGAUGGUGACGGCACGAGACGGCACUUCCUGCAAGUACAGCAGCUACCGCGGCGUCUGUGUGGAAGGUACGUGUGAGCCGAUCGGAUGUGAUGGAGUUCUCUUCUCCUCCAACACGUUGGACAAGUGCGGUGUUUGCCGGGGAGACGGCAGCAGCUGCAGCAGAGUCACCGGCAACUUCAGGCGAGGAGCCUCGACUCUGGGUUAUUCUUUCAUCACCCAAAUCCCUGAAGGGUCCUGGGAUAUCCAGAUCAUUGAGAGGAAAAAAUCAGCUGAUGUUCUCGCUGUGACCGACCAGGCAGGAAACUUCUUCUUUAACGGUGCCUACAAGUUGGACAGUCCCCAGAACUUCCACGCAGCAGGAACCAUCUUUAAAUACCGACGGCCCAUGGACGUGUAUGAGACUGGGAUCGAAUACAUCGUCGUCAAAGGCCCCAUCGACCAGGCCAUAAAUAUCCUGGUGUGGAACCAGAACGGCCGAACACCCUACAUCACCUACGAAUACACCGUCCUCCGGGACUCCCUGCCUCCCGUCCCGCCUCCUCCGGUCUACACAGGAUCAGACACCUCGAUGGGUGAGGUGUCAGUGGAAGAAGACGGCCCGGUGGCCCCUAACGGCAGCAUUUACGACCAGAAGGUCCCUGGGGGCCAAUUGGAGACGGGCCAGGCUGACGGACAGAAGGGCCAGGAGACCAACGAGGUGUUUGAAGAGACGACAGCGAUUGACUGUGAUGAGGACGAGGCAGGGGUACCAAAACUUCCAGGAAACAGCAGCCAACCUCACAGCACCGACAACCCUCCCCCUGAUGGUGGACCUCUGGACUCAGGCCCAGAUUCUACCAACCUCAUCUGGCGGGUCCUGCUGGAUGGACGGAUCAGUCCGGACGAGCUGCUGAUCAACAUCUCCACCAAUCAGCUGCUGACGGAGGGAGACGCCUUGUUCCCACCCGAGGUGGGCCUGGGGGACCCGGAGCGGGCCGUCCCGCUGGAUCUAAACGAGACGCUGGAGUUUGCCCUGGGACACAAAGGCAACGACAGCGGAGACAACCAGAACAGGACGGCCCAGACAGGCUCCGGCCGUUCCAACAGAACCAGAGGGAAUCAAAGGUUCUACCAGAAGAAUCUGAAGCCCAGCGCUGCCGACAUGUACCGCUGGAAACUUUCAUCCCAGGAGCCCUGCAGCAUGACCUGCUCUAUAGGUGUGUCCAAGUCCUUCGUCACGUGUGUCCGUUAUGACGGGGUCGAGGUCCAUGACAUGUACUGUGAUGCUCUGACCAGACCAGAACCGGUCCAUGACUUCUGCAUUGGUAGAGAAUGUCAGCCCAGAUGGGAGGCGAGCAGCUGGAGCGAGUGCUCCCGAACCUGCGGGGAGGGUUUCCAGUUCCGUCAGGUCCGCUGCUGGAAGAUGCUCUCCCCGGGCCUGGACAGCUCAGUUUACAGCGACCUCUGCACCAUGGCUGACCUUGAGAGACCUUUGGAAAGGCGAGCGUGUAAGAGCCCCACUUGCGGCCCACAGUGGGAGGUAGCAGAGUGGACAGAGUGCCCUGCUAAAUGUGGCCGUAAAGCUCAGGUGACCCGAGAUGUCCGCUGCUCCGAUGAGACCAGAUCAUGUGACCCCAUGACCCAACCACCACACAUCAAAAACUGCACCGGACCGCCCUGCGAACGCCACUGGACUGUGUCAGAGUGGGGCCCUUGCUCUGGCUCGUGUGGCCAAGGCAGGACGGUCCGACACGUGUACUGUAAGACUCCGGAGGGCCGCGUGGUUCCUGAAAACCAGUGUUCCUCAGAGAACAAACCACUGGCCAUCCAUCCCUGUGGAGAGCGGGACUGCGCUCCACACUGGCUGAGCCAAGACUGGGAGCGGUGCAACACGACAUGCGGCCGCGGAGUGAAGCGGCGGAUCGUCCUGUGUGCCGGCAUCAGCGGAGGAAAGUUCCAGAUCUUUGAUGAAGAGGCGUGUGGAGGCAGCGAGAAGCCUGAAGACGAAGCCACGUGCUUCGAGAGGCCGUGCUUCAAAUGGUACACCACCCCUUGGUCUGAGUGCACAAAGACGUGUGGCGUGGGAGUGAGGAUGAGGGACGUGAAGUGUUACCAGGGCAGGGAGCUGGUCCGAGGCUGCGACCCCCUCACCAAGCCGGUGGCCAAACAGACGUGCACCCUGCAGGCCUGCCCCACCGAGCCUCCAGAUGAGAGCUGUCAGGACCGACCCUCCACCAACUGCCUGCUGGCUCUGAAGGUGAACCUGUGCAGCCACUGGUACUACAGCAAGGCCUGCUGUCACUCCUGCCGGGCCGUUCGACCCUGACAGGCCAGGACGCCCCCACUGCCGCAUCUCUCCAUCUCAAGCUCUCAAGACCACCACGAGGACCCACAUGACGCUUCCUGACCAGCGGGGCCACGGUGGUUUUCUGCACCUCUCAGCCAGAUGCCAGCAGUGUUUCGACUGAGAACUUUUCUUCUUAAUGUUUUCUUAAAUUAAAAUGUUCCGCAUCUGUCUUUCUGUGCAAACCAUUGCUUUGAGUCCUCUGUGAAAACCACAGCAACACGUUGACCUUUUAUUUUGUUGUUUAAAUUGAAGUUUAUCGCCCCCUAUUGGCCUGGCAUGCUUAUUUCUCCACUGUUUGGAUUUCUUUUCCAGAUUCUUGAGAUAUUUUAGUCCUAAUGGACGGGAAAAAUCUGGGAUAGUCCAGUUGAGGCCUUAAGUUUGUAGAGCAGCUACUGUGAAUAAUGAUGAAGCGUUUAUAAAAAAGCAGAAGUUUGUUAGAUAAGUUAGGUUAAUUUUUUAUGUUAUCAUUGAGUUUCCUUUUUGCUAUAUAGACGGUACGCCCUCAGCUGUUGUUGAAUAUUUAAUCGGUUCUGCUGUCGAGCCGGAGGUGAAGAGGAUUUUACACCUUCUGUCGUGUUCAUCGCAGCAGCGAGGACUAAAUUAUUCCCCAGCUCAAUAUACUGCAUGACUUUAAUACAGAUACUGUUUAUAAAAUCCCUAUUUAAAGUCGUUUCGGUGUCCGGCUCGCUGCAACUUGAUGUGAGCAACAUCCCCGUUGGACCCGCUGCUGUUUGGCGCGGCGCCGGUACGCCUGCACGAUACGGGAGCGUAUUUAUUAGUCGUAGCACAUUUACAUUUAUCACGACGGUCCCGAUGCCAGCUGGCGGUUUUUUAAUCGGGUCAAUUGAUGCCAGUUCUGGUCUGGUCUCUCUGGAGAGGGUCGAUGGGAGCACAGACAGAAAGAUUCCUGACACUUGAAGUAUGGCUGAAAUGUAUUCAGAUGUGUAUUUUUAAACUGUUGUGUACUGUGUGUUUUUAUAUAACUGAUACCUCUUUGUACAAAACUGAAGUAUGAUCAUUGUGUACUGUUAAUAUUAGCUGAAAACAUGAAGGUACUUUUAUUGCCAUUAAAUCACAGUUUGAAUGAA